AUGGACGCCAACAUCACCAAAGCCCUCAACGACAAGCUCUACGACAAGCGCAAGAGCGGCGCCCUCGAGCUCGAGGGCCUGAUCCGGGACGCCCUCGCUGCCCAGGACCACGACAGGAUAGCCCGCAUCGUCCACCAGCUCUGCCACGAGUAUGCCUAUGCCGUCCACCAGCCCCACGCCCGCAAUGGCGGUCUUAUAGGAUUGGCCGCCGCCUCGAUAGCCCUGGGCCCGGAAGUCGCCCGCUAUCUCGAGGAGAUUGUGCCCCCGGUCCUGGCAUGCUUCAGCGACCAAGAUGCCCGCGUUCGGUACUACGCAUGCGAGAGCAUGUACAACAUUGCAAAGGUGGCAAAGGGCGAGAUCCUCGUCUACUUCAACCAGGUCUUUGAUGCGCUCUGCAAGAUGGCCGCAGACUCGGAGCUGUCUGUCAAGAAUGGCGCAGAGCUGCUCGACCGCCUGAUCAAGGACAUUGUCUCGGAAUCGGCCGCCAGCUACGUCUCGGUGCUGCAUACCUCGGACGAGCACGACGGCGAAGAGGAGCCGUAUCCAUACGCCUUUAGUCUCGAGCGCUUCCUUCCUCUGCUCGAGGAGCGCAUCAACGUCAUCAACCCCUUCACACGAUCCUUUCUGGUUGCAUGGAUCACCCUCCUCGACUCGAUUCCCGAUCUCGAACUCAUUGCCCAUUUGCCGCGCUUCCUCGGCGGCCUCUUCAAGUUCCUGAGCGACACCAACCAAGAUGUGUACACCAUGACACAGGCGGCGCUCGACAGGCUUCUGAGCGAGAUCAAGAAGAUUGCUCGGAUCAAAAAGGGCAUAGAGGAAAGCAAGAAGAGCACCAGCAAAGACGAGCGCAGGAACUCUGCCGACAGCAUCCACAGCACAAGCGACACCUCCGACUUUACACCUCUCGACACCCAAGACUCGAUCGACGACCAAGGCGACGCGGAUGAGGGAAGCGGCUCCAUCUCGGGAGACAGCGGCAAGUCGAUGAAUGGCGAUGGCAACUGGAUACCCGGCCAAGACGUCCAUGUCGAUCAUCCCAAGAUCCUCGAGAUACUCGUGGGUUUCCUCGUCCCGCCAGCUGACACUGAAGAGGAGCAGACGGAGAUCUUGCUCGCGGCGCUGCGCUGGAUUGACAACUUCUUCGACAUUUGCCCAGAAGACAUCAUGCCGUUUGUCCCGAGCCUUCUGUCGCACGUCCUGCCCAGGAUGUCGCAUGAAGUCGACACUGUGCGCAAAGCGGCCGUCAAGGUCAACGCUUCGCUCAUGGACUACAUCCUGUCGCUAUCUGACGACAAUCGUCCACGCGAUGGCGGGGCAAGUGGACAGAUCCAACUGCCGCCUUCCCUAUCUGAGCUCGGUAAAGAGCUUACUGGCACGCAGCGGCGAGACUCUAACCUAUCUGGCCGAUUGCUCAAGGCAGUUAUCCGUGACCAAGCAAACAGAGUCGAGUCAGCUGAUGGCAAGAGUACGCGGUCCCCUACACCAGCAGAGGACAGCGGGGCAGCCCCUCGGCCCAUACCAGAGCUUGAUUACCAGGCCGCGGUUAGCGCUCUGACGUUGCAGUUCUUGAAUGAGCACGAAGCCACUCGGGUUGCCGCGAUAGCAUGGCUGAUAAUGCUGCACAGGAUGGCGCCUGGCAGGAUACUCACAGUGGACGAUGGAACCUUUCCCGCUCUGCUCAAGACGCUGUCUGACCCGUCAGAUGCGGUUGUUACUCGUGACCUGCUCCUGCUGUCCCAGAUCUCUCUACAUAGCGAUGACACAUAUUUCACCUCGUUCAUGGUUAACCUGCUGAAGCUGUUCUGUACGGACCGUAGAUUGCUCGAGACGCGCGGCAACCUCAUUAUUAGACAGUUGUGUCUUACUCUCAGUGCAGAAAGAAUCUACCGCACCAUGGCCGAUUGCCUGGCCAAGGACGAGGAUGUCGAGUUUGCAAGCAUCAUGGUGCAAAACCUAAACAACAAUCUCAUCACGGCACCAGAACUCGCAGACUUGCGGAGACGACUAAGGAAUCUCGACAGCAAGGACGGCCAAUCAUUUUUUGUUACUUUAUUCAAGGCCUGGUGUCACAACGCCGUAGCUACUUUCUCACUGUGUCUUCUAGCCCAAGCCUACGAACAGGCCUAUCAUUUGCUUCAAGUCUUUGCCGACCUUGAGAUGACGGUCAAUAUGCUCAUUCAGAUCGACAAGCUCGUGCAGCUCCUCGAGUCUCCUGUAUUCACCUGUAAGACUUAUCUCCGCAUGCAGCUUCUCGAGCCUGAACGGUACCCACACCUGUACAAGUGCAUGUAUGGGCUGCUGAUGCUGCUCCCUCAAUCGUCUGCCUUUGCUGCGCUUAAGAAUCGCCUCAACAGCGUCUCAGCCAUCGGUUAUCUACACAUUGCGCCACAGCGCAGUGCCUCGACGUAUGUGCACCCUUCCUCCUCCCCCUCUCUCAAUCACUUGCGGCAAAAAAGCUCAGACGCUGGCACCAACAGUAGUACCAGUAGUGGUAUUGCCUCUACUGGAGGAACCGCCAUGUCCAACUUCGAACGCCCAGGUAGGUUGAAGCCAAGAGAUGGACUGGGCGGUCCGGAAGCAGGUGCCAUUGUCAAAUGGAACGAGUUGCUCGAGAGAUUCAAGCAGACGCAGGAGAAGGCUAGGCGCACUCAGAGAAUGGCCAGUAUGGGCGAAGAGGAAGAGGAGGUGCAGGAGAAGAUGAAGAUGAACCCUACCGCCCCGCCCCCGCCUGUGCCACCGAAGAAUGUAGGUGGGAUGCGACCAGGAAGCCCUGCAGGAGUCAUGAGGCCCGCUCCUCCACCUGCGGCGCCGGCUCCCGCGCCGGGACACAAGCCACGAUCGAGUCUGAGCAACCUGGGGAGGUUCGCUGGCGGCGUAGCAGGAAGAAGAAAGGACAAGAGGUAG